AUGGCGUAUACCCAGAACUCCGGGUUACUUCACCGUGGCUCCCCUGCCGUUGCGGCGUCAGCGGUGUCGGGCACGAUAGAGCCCCCCCCCCCCCUUUUCAAGGGCCAGGCCCCCUUUUCCCGCGUCUCCCCCACGGGCAUGGCAUGGCGUGAGGGCCCGACGAGUUUUGAUGGUCCCAAAGGGCGGUUUGGGAUCCGCACCACCUUCGGUUCUUCUCACGGCUGGGCGGGCGCGGGGCCCCAGGUCGCUUGGGAGAAAUGCCGCGGUGGUUUUUCCCCAUUUGGCCGUGGCCUCUCUCUCGUUCGCCCGUGCCGUCACAACAAACCGCCCGCAUGCGCGGCUGCGGCGCGUCCCUUCUAG